UAUAAAAGUACAUUGUAUGUAUGUGUAUAACCAGUAGGGCAAGAUAACCUAACUGGUGUAGAACGUCGUGCAAGGAAGCAACGUCUGCCACCGAAUCCGAACCACAGACCAUAAGCACUUGCGAUGGCUGACUUCUAACUACAAAGGAAUUUACGUUAGGGGCAUAAUUAGGGAAAUGUUCAGCGAUGUGAGGCGGCAACCCGUCAAGGCAACAGGCCCUCGCCAUGCUUCCAGCCAACGCAUCCGUGCAGUCAUCUCUGGGCGUCGAAGGACUGUAACCGUCUUUUCAGCUAUAACGUCGACACAAUUGGGCACGGGAGCCUGGGUGGUGGCCCCGCCCUACCGGCCCAAGGGUGUCGUACACUUCCUCGGGGGUGCCUUCGCGGGGGCGGCGCCGCAGCUGGCCUACCACCUGCUGCUGGACUCGCUGGCAGCCGCCGGCUACACCGUCAUCGCCACCCCCUACGCCCUCACCUUCCGACAUGACCAGUGCGCCCAGGCGGUACGACAGCAGUUCCUGGACUCCCUGGAGGAGAUCAGGAGCGGCAGGGCAGGCAGCGCAGGAGGAGGAGGCAGCAAAGGAGGAGGGUGGGGAGGCAGCAGUAGCCGUAGCCCUACCGACCCACGGGUCACACGGUUGCUGCCGGCGGAUGCGGCGCCUGACGACGUGCCGGUGUUUGGGUUGGGUCACAGCAACGGCUCGCUGCUGCACCUGCUGAUCGGCUGCCUGCACCCGGGUGCCAGCCACUCCAACAUGCUGCUGUCCUUCAACAACAAGCAGGUCAAGGAUGCCGUACCGUUGCCGGGUCUGCUGGACGGCCUGCCAGCAGCGGUCCAGGCAGCCCGGGCAGCCGCCCCCGCCCUGCCCGACCUCUCCACCCUGCCCCUGACGCUGCCGCUGCCGCCCCUGCCCUCCUCGCUGUCCGCCUCCUCCCUGGGUUCGGAGGUGCUGCGGGGGGUGGCCGCGCUGCUCCCCGAGGAGCUGG